CGUGCCCCAAGGCCCGCAGAGUGAAGCUGUUGGAGGGUGCGGAAUUCAGCCGCUGCCAGGGGCAGGCGGUACGGCGCACCAUGUACACCAUCACCAAGGGGCCCAGCAAGCUGGUCGCGCAGCGCCGCACAGGUGCGCAGGGCGGGCGGGCAGGCGGGACGUCCUGACCGCUGGCCCGCGGCGGCUGACGCGCCCUCCGCCCGGCCCGCAGGUCCCACACAGCAGCAGGUAGAGAGCAGGCUCGGCGAGCUCCUGAAAUGCCGGCAGCCCGCGCCGCCGUCCGCGCUACCCGCGCGCGAGCAGCCCUCGGCGCAGCCCUGGCCCCUGGCAAGUGCCCCUCUCACCUGAGGAGGAACCCAGAGCGGCGUGGGCCACCUGAGCCCAGGAAGGCGAGCAGGCCUACCGGGACCGCGAGUGCCUGGCGGAGUGGCAGUCCGGGGCCGAGGCUUGUGUUCAAUCGAGUGAACGGCCGGCGGCCCCUCACCACAUCCCCAUCCCUCGAGGGAACCCAAGAGACCUACACAUUGGCCCACGAGGAGAACGUCCGAUUUGUGUCCGAAGCCUGGCAGCAGGUAGAGCGACAGCUGGAUGGCGGCCCUGCCGAUAAGAGUGUCCCUCGUCCUGUGCAGUAUGUGGAGAGCUCUCCUGAUCCCCGGCUGCAGAACUUUGUACCUAUUGACCUGGAUGAGUGGUGGGCACAACAGUUCCUGGCUAGAAUCACCAACUGUUCCUAACACCUGUCCAGGAAGGAAUGCUGCCAUAGUGGACCCUUUGCCCGAAGAAGACCAUGGUGCACCCAUCCACCUUGUGGCCAGGCUGGGUACCGGUCACACCUGAAGUGCCAACAUUUGGACUUUUGCACCUGUUGUUCCCUUGGCUUGGCUGUCCCAAGCUGCCGGAGCCAGACGCCAAACCUGUCUAACCUCAGUCCUGCUCACUGUGCCCAGGGACCAGCCCCUGGGGCUGGCAGGGAGGAACCCAGGCUAAUAAAUUUGAGAAACUGC